CGCGACUCUUUACUAAGAUCGAAGGCGCAGCCAUCUCGACGUCAAAGACGAAGAAGAUCAUGACGCAGCAACAUCGAGGAGAGUACGACGAGUACUUGAUGGCCGACUCGAUGGACGAGUACACGAAGCGCGACAAGGGCGGGAAGAAGGCGUGGACGCCCGACGAAGACCAGCAGAUCGUCGCGCUCGUGGCCAAGCUCGGCUGCAAGCACUGGUCAAAGCUUGCCAAGAUGAUGCGCGAGCAAAACGCUGGCUGUGUUCGAAGCGGCAAGCAGUGCCGAGAGCGAUGGCACAACCACCUCGACUCGACGAUCAAGAAGGGACCUUGGACAAAGGAGGAAGAAGAGCUCCUGAUCCGUGCUCACAACGAGCACGGCAACCAGUGGAGCAAGAUCGCCAAGCUCUUUCACGGCCGAACAGACAACGCCAUCAAAAACCGAUGGUUUGCCAAGCAGCGCCGCGAGUCCCGCCGCACGGGCAAAGCCAACUCGCCAUUCGAUCAUUUCGCUCACGACUCGGACGAAUUGCAGCUGACACCACGACCAACCCACCGACUUCUGCACAUGAGCGACAUGAUGAGCUCGCCACGCCACACCUGGAUAUCCCCGGUCAAGGCAGAGCCUGCGCCGUCCGCGCUCUGGAGCGCACAAGGCGCGCUAUACUCAAAUGCGCCGUGGCGUUCAUUGCAGCAGAUGGACGACAUGUCUUCGUUCGACCUCGGUCUCAUGGAAGGCUACUCGAUGGACUAUACGUCGGUGCACCACGGACUUCGCGACGACGCACCAUACCAUGACGACGAUGGCGAGAGCAAGCCGUCUGCGCGGCUGCUACCGCUCAUGGAGCUAGACUUGGAUUGGACCGACAAGGUCCUGAUUUAGCAAAAUCGUCGUUGUUUCAAGUAGUUCGCCGUCC